ACUUACUGUACCGGUACUGGAGUAUGUUUGGGAGCUUGGUGGGCCUUCGUUUUGGUUCAAUCGACGUGUUGAAGCCAAUACCGCACUCUCAUCGAUAAGCGACUGUCAGGGGUCAGGGAAGCCAUGAAGAUGAGCGAGCGAGCUACGGUAGAGCUCUGGAAACUGGAUAUGCUGAAGGCUUGCUUGGUUUUUAAAACCUCUAUAUUCUUAUUAGUUGAAGCAGCAGGGAAGUACUGAAGUGGCUGAAGCCAGCAGCCCAUCCAAUGCCGCUGCAUGCCGUAGCUCGGUUUGAUUGAGUGUUUGAUGGUUGUUUUUGAGUCUGAUGUACUGUGGUACCAGUACGUGUUCGUUCCGCCAGUGUUGUCCACCACGAACUUGUGCUUCCAAACUGUCCCCUGGAUAUCGAUACCAGCCAGGGAGAUAGGUAAAGGGAGAAGCAAGCCAACCGACCAUCGCAAUGCUGAUCCGGUAGCCAGUAACCAUGCAAUCUAGUAGAGUGUGGGCUACGACUGUACUACAGUAGCUAUUAUAGUUGUACAGUACAUAGGAGAAGCUUCAGAAGUAGAAAAGUCCCUUUAAUUCCAUACGGGUUUGGAAGUGUUAACGCAAAAAUCUGAACAAAAAGCAGGACGCCGCGAUGAAGAGCGCCAGAAAACAGACUCACAUGCAGUGACGAGUAACGAGCCGGACCCUGGUGUAUCCUUCGUCCUGGUAUCAGCACUACCAUUCCAACAAGCGAACGUUGACAAUCCACUCUGGCUGCUAGCUAGUUGAAGUCUGCUGAGCUUGGAGAUUGUGUACUGCGAUCUGUACCGAACCGUACUACCGAAAGAGAACCCAGCCAUCACUUCGAAUCGAAGGGUGCUACUAUACCGGUAUAUCCACGAACCAACGAUCAAAGCAAGACAAUGGGCAACACUCCCAUCCAAAUUGGCUUGAAAAUCGACAAACAGACAUAUCAGCAUGGUGAGACCAUGACUGGUACUGUCUAUGUUAGUGUGUCGAGUGUGACUCCUGCAAUUCAAUCCUACCAAGGGAUCCGACUGGCCUUUGGUGGCUCUGAAAACACGGAGAUUCGCAUUCGAGAAUCACACGGCAGCGGUAGCGACAGGCAUACAAGCAUUCGCACCGAACGAGAGUCUACAUCACUGUUGCAUGUCGAAGUGCCAUUGACAUCCUUUGCCUCACCGUUGCGAGUCGCCAAAUACGAAUUUCCGUUUGAAUGGAAGCUUCCAGAUACGCCACUGCCAUCAUCCUUUCGACAUCGCAAUGCCGGAGUAGAUGGAAAAGGAUUCUGCGAGAUACGCUACUCAUUAUCGGCCUUUCUUGUGCCACAAGAACAACAAAUGGGAUUCUUUGGUCCUCGCAGAAACUCCAACACUUGUGCUUCACAAACCAUUCAAUUUGUGGGAGCGCCAACAAGGGAGAUUCCAGAGCCGCUACAUCUGGCCGAAGAACGAACUCACAUGAAUGGAUUAUGCUGUUGCUGGAAACAGGGACAUGUAUCAUUAGGCUGGGAGGCUGAUUCCAUUGUCUUGACGCCCGAGGCACCCUGUCAAAUCCAAAUCUGGGGAUCCAAUGCCUCCGCCAUUCCAGUACACGGAUUGAGGGUCCAACUGAUUCAAUCCGUCCAAUGGCAGGCUGGCCAAGAGUUCCACAGGCGUCGCAGCUGGGGUGAAAAUUCCUCUUUGGUUGACUUCAACGUGGACGUUUCGCAUUUGCCUCAAUGGGAUCAUGUCACACACAAGGGACAUGGCAGCAGUUACAGUGCAGUCAACAAUCAGCAUGGUGCUCAGCCUGUCUCCACUUCCUUUCAAGUGCCACCAGAUGUGCUGGAUUCCUACCAAGGACUCAAUUGUAAGGUGGAACACAAACUGAUUGUCAGUGCUGUCACGCGAUUCAUGGCGACUACCCCCGCAGUCUCCUACAGUGUUCAUUUGCAGCGUUCGGGCACCACAUCCUCGUCACCAGCGUCCAUGCCCGUGGCUAUGGCUUGGAUGGAAGAGUCCGAAUUCCAAGAUGUUGCCUUACCCACCGAUUGGUCGCCUGACGAAACAGUCCCCGUUAUUCAUUUGACCGAAAUUAAUGCCUUGGAAGACGAAGCCGGGGAUAACGCCUCCAAAGUGACCAUGGCUACUGCGGAAGCAGUCAUGGUGGAACCUGUUGGUGCUGCCGCCGCUACAACGUCGUUUGGUCGCAGUGACAAUCCCUUGGAUGGCGAAGAUCCCUUGGCGUUUGCCAGACCCGCGGAUGACUUGGCACCAAGUGCUCCAAUGGAAGAUGAAUUCCUCAUGGAUGAUGCUGCCGCGGAUCUCCAACAAGUCCUGGGGAUGUUGCGACAGAUUGAUCCCAAUGAUUUGACUAGUCAUCGACGCAUUGAGCAUCAAAUCCGCAAUCUGCCCGUGAGUCAACGAGUGCUGCAAACCCUAUCACCACCCCAGUAUCGGUACUUGUGUGAAGCAGGAACAAAUCAAACGCUGUCUCGAAUUGCCUUUCUACUGGCCACCGAGCUCAAUAAACGGUCGAGACCAGGAUUCCGAGGCGAGUAUUUAGUGGCCUUGAUGCAACUUCCCCUUGCAAAGGAUGGAAGCAUUAGCCUGAUUGGGUCGCUGACAGAUCAGAUUUGUGAUUUACCCCAGUCGCAUCUCUUUGUGGAGCAAUCGUUGGAGCCGCAAGAUGCACAGUGGUUUCGACAGCGUGUCAACGCCAUCCUUCCAGCUGUCUCUGCAGCUCAAGGCAUGAGUAAGAGUUUGUUCUAAGUAAGUCGUCAAAAAAUAAAUUGGCCCAUAGAUGCGGUGUCAGUCGUACCGGUAUCAAUUACUAUGUGAGUUAUCCACGGGUGAUUCUGAAGCGUCAGCAAGCUAGCUAGAAGACUGCUUUCUGAGUUGUUUAUUCAGUUCUCGUAGCUCCUGUCGAAUGUCUUUCAAAAGAGCAUUGGUUUCAGACGAAUCUCCUCUAUCAUUCAUUGUCCCUCCAGCGGGAGCCUGCGGGAAUGAUUGCUGUUGAUGCUGUUGUGGGGUGGCUGCAGCACCGCCACUGCCAUAGGUUCCUCCACCUGCCUGUGCCCGCUUCAUGGCCCAUGCCAAAUUUUUGAGCUCGAGUGGCUUUUCGAGGCCACUCAAUGAUAGCUCAUGUCGGGGUCCACUAUCUCCGCCAUUUCCUGACGAGGCAGUAUCGACGUUCAGAACUGGCAAUACGUUUUCAAUGCAGAAGCAGGUGGCACCAGCUGGUUCUGUCACAUCACAGUCUGUAAUCUCUUUUCCAUAACAAUCACACGACAAGCAAAACACUGUGAGGUCAAACUCUGGUUGUGCACGCCUUCUACUUUCCCACACUGAGUCUUACUACGUACUGUCAAACGGCACUGUUUUCGAUUCUUUUCCCAGAUCCUGAAAGGAAAAGCCACACAUUGAUUUCCGCUUGUCUUUGACAAACUUUAUUCCAUCUUGUGUAAUACAGACAUGUUUAGAAUACGUGUCCCACUCAAUUUGUUGUGUGUACAUGCAUGGAACACAGCAACAUGCUGCAAAACAACCAAUGGGUGGGAUCAACAACGUGACUCCGCAAACGUCCCUCUGGAACUGCUGAACGGCUUCAUAGUCAAAGUCAAAUACAGCAAUCACAUCGGUGUCGUUGUCAAAGAACGUAUCCCUCCAGGUCAGUCCCUGUGCUUCGGGGAUCUCUAAACUGCUACUCGUCCGUCCCAUGUUGCUACUGUACGCAUUGUGAAUAAACAAGGUUGUUUGCUGGAGGAGUCAUCAAGUCAUCAAAACCGAACUGCACAACCUGAUUCUUGGAUCUAAAUAGGGCUGAGGUUAAAAAUAUCGGUGUUGUUGCGACGAU